AUUAUUUAUCGUCGCUUCACGCUCCCAGCACUGCUUGUCUGCUGUUUUCUCCAGCUUUUCUAUCUCAAAUACCUCCAUCACACUCUUUUCUGGCUGAAACAUAUGUCUUCGGAUCAAACCACUAUUAAAUGACAAACAACAGCACCAACAGCAGCAUCGAUAAUUUCAAAAGCAGCAUCGAUACCAACAGUGAAAAUUUUGGUUUCAACAGAUCAGACCCAAAGCUUCCAAUCUCAGUUUCAAAAGAACACGCAGAUAUGACUGCAACCACUACUAAACCCAAUGCCAUCCAUAAUAACAAUCAAAUCAAUAUAACAACACCUACUUUGGAUUUCUCUAAUUUACCAAAAUCAGUCACCGAAUCAAUUUCUAAUGUUACCAGUAACAACUUGAAUCACAUCAAAUCUGGCAAACUUUCACUUUCAAAUGGUGUAUCAAAUGGCUUGAACAAUUCAAGAACACCCUCAUUAUCCUUAUCGCCCGAAUCGAAUUCUUUAUUGUCAAUGAAUUUAUCCUCUAACAUUUCAGCUAAAAAAAUAUCAAAGUCUUCUACUGGUAAGAGAAGAUACCACAAUAAAUCAAGAAAAGGUUGCAAUACAUGCAAAAGAAGAAGAGUUAAAUGCGACGAAAAUAAACCAACCUGUUUAAAAUGUCAACAUAUGGGCAUUGAUUGCACAUAUAGUGCUUUGGCUUUGGGUUUAGAUUUGCCAAAAGAUGAUGAUCAUUUUCCUUCUUCAAUAAAUUUAUCUAGUCUAUCUAACUUGCCUAACUUAUCUAAUUUAUCAAAAAGUUCAAACUUAAAUGAUUCAAAUAACAAUAUAGCUCAAAUAAUAUCAAAAAUAGCAGGUCUAAAUAAUCAAAACAACAAUAGUAAUAAUAGCAUUCUUGCUAAUCUUUUGAACAAUAAUAACAGUGAUAACAAUAAUGCAAAUAAUUUAUUAUCAAGUUUAUCUCAAUUAUAUUCACAUCAAAUAAAUAAUACUCCCAAUUCUAAUACUAAUGCUAGUGGCAAUAGCCUUAAUUUAAAUUCUGUUUCAAGUUUGAUAUCUCAAAUAAAUCCAAACAUUCUUGAGUUACUCACAACAAAUCUUGUAUCAACUUUAACGAACAUUAACACCAAGAACAACAACAACAACAAUAACAAUAACAAUAAUAAUAGUUCAAAUCCGUUACUUUCAGCUUUGAGCUCAUUAUCAAAUUUAAAUUUUCAAAAUAGUUCUAGUGCAAGUUCAGUUUCAAUCUCAACUCCUAAUCUUAAUUCCAAUACUACUCCUGCUCCCACCUCUAGUUCCAAUUCUAGUUCCAAUUCUAGUUCCAAUUCUAGUUCCAAUUCUAGUUCCAACCAAAUCUUUUCCCAACCUACCCCAGAAGCAACUCCUAUUUCACUUCCAACAAUAAAUGAACCCUCUAAAUCUUUGCAAAACAAUGAUAGUCAAAAAAAAACUAUCAAUAAUAGUGAUUCAUCACUGUUGAAUAAUCAAAAUCAACAGGAAAAACAACUAUUAUUUGCUAUAAAUCAAAACACUAAUAAUUCCCUAGCCAAUUGUAUAUUAAAUAGAAGUCCUAUUAGUUUGCAGGGACAACUAGCCACAAAUUUAUCUCAAUCUCAAUCUCAGUCUCAAUCUCAAUCUCUAUCUGAUACACAAUUACAAAAUCAAAACGUUCUGUUGCAGAACAAUCCUGAAAGCUCACUGUCAAUUGCAGAACAUUUGCCAUCUAUAGCCAAACAUAUAGAUUUGAAAACUUUGAGCAAUAUUAGUUCAUUGGUGUCUCUUCCCUCUUCAAAAAACAUACUUUUUCCAAGGGAUGAUAAACCAAAGUUCCCUCUUCACUUUCAACAGAAUCAAAACAGAAUUCAGAUUCCAGAUUUAUCUCAAAAAAAUCAGCAAUCAAGAAAUGAAAGUAUUUCUUCUACUCCUUUGUCAGCACAAUCUUCCAUCAAUCUUACCACUCCAAAUCCCCAACAGUUUAUAAUGGAACAUUCAAAGAAUCUCAAUUAUGGAAAUAAUUUAGAUUCCUACAACAAUAACCAAAGUAAUUUUCAUUCUCAACAAAAUCAACUGCCAGUUACUUCUUCACAAUACAUGAGUCAUCUUACCUCUCCGACUCAUAGCUCGAUUUCUCAACAAGACCAAAGUUUUCAAAACAAUUUAAAUCAACCAAAUUAUGGCUACAAUAAUUCCCAAAGCUACAGUAUUAAUAAUUCAAAUUCAAAUUCUAGUGUUAAUAAUAAUAAUAAUGGCAAUAGCUGUCACAUCGAUAGCAACUAUCAACUGAAUUCUUUGAGCCUCAGAUCACCAACUACAAACCAAUCAGCAAUCGAAGAUGAUUCAGCUUCCGACAGUGGUUCUUCUCAAACAAUGAGUAGUCUAGCCGCAAAUUUGAAUAUCCAAGACCUAAAAUUGAUGUACCACUAUUCAACAAAAGUUUGGCCAACUAUAACUGCUGCAGGAAUUUCAGAAGAAAAGCUAUGGUCAGAAUACAUUCCCGAGUUAGCAUUUCAGUAUCCAUUUUUGAUGCACUCGAUAUUAGCAUUUUCUGCUACUCAUUUAUCACGAACUGAAAUCGGAUUAGAUGAAUGUGUUACGAGACAUCGUGGUGAAGCGUUGAGAUUAUUAAGAGAAGCUGUCUUGAAAAUAUCUUUAGAUAACACUGAUGCCUUGGUUGCUUCUGCCUUGAUUUUGAUUAUGGACGCAUUAGCUAACGCCUCAUUACCAACCUCAACUUCUUUAAAAUCGUUACCUCCAAGUGCCUGGAUUUAUCAUGUAAAGGGAGCAGCAACAAUUUUAACAGCAGUAUGGCCCUUGAAUAAGUCAUCUAGGUUUCACAAGUUCAUCUCUAUUGAUUUGAGUGAUCUAGGUGAUAUAAUCAACAACCCUCAAUCUUAUAACAACUCUUCACGAUCAGUAGACCAUGCAGCAUAUCUAGAUUUACAAUGCUUUGAUGAGACAAUUGCAGAUUUGUAUCCAGUUGAAUAUACUUCCCCAUACUUGAUAACAUUAGCAUAUUUAGAUAAGCUUCAUAAUGAGAGAUAUAAAAGCGAUUUUAUUUUGAGAGUUUUUGCGUUUCCUGCUCUAUUGGACAAAACAUUCUUGGCUUUGUUAAUGACUGGUAAUGAAGCUGCAAUGAGAAUAAUGAGAAGUUAUUAUAGUCUAUUGCGUGGAUUUACUGCAGAAAUGAAAAACAAGGUGUGGUUUUUGGAAGGAGUAAGCACUGUUUUACCUGAAGAUGUCGAAGAAUAUCGUGGUGGUGCAAUGCAUAUGAUGUUAG